AUGGCCCCUCGUGCAUCUCUGAAACAUCUUUCCGUGUUGGUGUAGCGAAGGGUGCUCUUGCUCUUGCUGCCAUGAAAUGGGCGGGUGAACGUGGCACUACAUUGCUCCCAGUAUACGUUGCAUUGCGUUGCAUUUUUCGGUUUCAGCACCAGCUCAGCUGCUGCCACUGGUCACUGCCAGUGCCUGCUCAAUAAUAAACGUACCUCUCCCGCGCGCGCACGCCGCUCCUCGGUUCCUCGCCUCGCCGCGCCGCGCUCGCCCACGAUUUUACCUUGCCACGCCACCUUGCUUCCGGCGCCUGCUCUGCUCCCGCCCAUUCUCUCUCUCUCUCUCUCUCUCUCUCUCUGUUUUCUGCGCGAACGCUUGCGGCGGCGGCUGGGGGGAGUGGGGGAGUGUAAUGCGGUAGCCGGCGAGGGAGUAGGGCGCUGCGGGGGACGAGCGGAGCGAUGGGGUGCCGGAGCUCGCGGCUAGAUGUGGCGGAGGUGUCCCCCGCGGCCGCGCUCUGCCGGGAGCGCCGCGACCUGCUGCGCGCGGCGGCCGAGCACCGCGCGCAGCUCGCGGCCGCGCACGCCGCCUACUUCCGCGCGCUCCCGCGCGUCGCCGACGCGCUCGCGCGGUUCGCGAGUCACCACCACGCCGCCACGCCGCCGGGGUCGCCCGUGCUCACGCUGCCGCCGUCCGACCCCGACGAGCCCAAGAAGCGGAGCGGCUCGGCCUCCGCCUCCACCACCCCGCACACCGAUUCCGGGCACUCCCACAUCCACUUCCACUCCAACGACGCCUCGGACUCCGAUCCCGACUCCCCCAACGCCUUCGCCGCCCCCGGAAGCUGCGGCGGCGGCCACGGCGAGAUCUCGCAGCCGACGCCUGUCCUUCGUUCAGGCGUGCCCUUCUCCGACCAUGGCCACGGCGAGCCCCAAGAACGCCAAGUCCAUCAGCCGGGAGUGGCCAUGCCGGAGAUGCCGUGGGAGUACGCUUCCUACAACCCCUAUCGUUCGUUCCCAAAUGCCACAUUCCAAAAUGGCACAUUUCCCAGUUACUACUACAUGAAGGCCAGCUCGACGCCGGCGAACACGGUGUACCAAGAACCGUACGACUACGGCAACUUCGCCACCAAUGCGUCCUACAUGGGGUACAACUACGGCUACAACAACCCAAUGUACAGCGUUCCGGUGCCGCCGGAGGGGGAUCAGCCGGUGGAGGAUCGUGUCCGGGAAGCAGCGGCUCCGCCACCGCCUCCCCCAAUGCCAAUGCCGGAGACGUCACCGUGGGACUUCUUUAACCUGUUCGAUUCCUACGAGCAGGACCUUCCACAGUAUAAGGGGAAAGGGUACGAUUCCAAUGGGUCGUUCACGAGCAGCCCCAACUCGAGUGAGGUGAGGGCAAGGGAGGGAAUCCCGGAGCUCGAGGAAGAGACGGAGCUGGAGUUGAUGAGGGAGUCGGUGAAGGCGAGGAAGGAGGUGGAGAGCACUGCGUCGAACCGGAUUGACAAUGUGGAUGUCAGUGCCAAAGUGAAGGUGUCAAUGGAGCACAAGGAGUGCGAGAUUGAGAGUGUGGAUAGUGCCUCUGUUCCUGAGUCGGGGGAGGAGAGUGUAUGCAGUUGUGAUUGUGACCAUGACAAUGCUAGAACAGGAGGGCCUGUGCCAGUAGGCGAUGAUCAAGGGAAGGUGAACAAGGUGAGCUUGGAGGAGCACUCAUACAUGGUAGUCAGUGAGGAUGUGCGACCACCGGAGAACAUUGGAACAAGAGAUGUUGCUGAGGUUGUUGAGGAGAUAAAGGAGCAGUUCAAGUCAGUGGCCGCCUGCGGAGAGGAUGUUGCAAGGAUCCUUGAGGUGGGGAGGAUGCGGUAUAGAUCACGGAAUAGAAUGUUAAGAUUGAUAUUUUCCCGGAUGAUGGGGACCUUUGCCUUGUUGUUUUCUUCCAUAUCUGAGCCACCAGUGAAGAACUUGGAACAAUCAGCAAUAAAUGCACCCAAAAGAAAUCAGAAUUCGAGUAAAAGAAUCGAUUUUUCCAGCGAUGUUGAACUGAAUACCCUUUCCUCGACAAUGGACAGGUUGUUCGUGUGGGAGGAACGGCUUCAUAAGGAAAUUAUGGAGGAAGAAAGAUUGAGGAUUACAUAUGACAAAGAAUGGAAGCGCUUGAAAGAGUUGGAUGCUAGUGGUGCAGAGCCAUAUAAGAUUGAUACCACACGGGCCUCAAUUAGGGCACUGCUCACAAGAAUCAACAUUGCCAUUAGAUCAGCUAAAGUUAUUUCUACGAGGAUCCACAUACUACGAGAUGCUGAGUUACAUCCACACCUCACUACGCUUAUCCAAGGGCUUGUUAGAAUGUGGAAAUUCAUUCUUGAGUGCCAUCAGAAGCAAUUCCAUACCAUACUUGAAACUAAAUCUCAUAUUCUCAUCCCUAAGAAUGGACCUGAAAGAAGCUCCUCUAAGGUUACAUUGGAACUAGAAAUGGAGCUUUUGAACUGGUGUUCCUGUUUCAGGAAUUGGAUCCUAUCCCAAAAGGCUUACAUCGAAACCCUCAAUGGCUGGCUAGUCAAAUGGCUUCCUCAGGAAAAGGAGGAAACUCCGGAUGGCAUCGCACCAUUCUCUCCUGGUAGGCUUGGAGCUCCUGCUGUGUUCAUCACAGCUAACGAUUGGUGUCAAGCCAUGAAAAGGGUACCCGAAGGUACCGUCGUUGAUACACUGGAGGCUUUUGCUGUUAAUGUGCAUAUAUUAUGGGAGCGGCAGGACGAAGAGCAGCAGCAGAAGUCAGUGUUGCCCAUUGCCAACAAUGGCAAGGCAGUUGAUAACCGCAUGGUGGCUUUGGAUACUUUGCAUAAGAGAUUGGAUGAACAGAGAGCUAGGCAUGAGGAAACCGUGAAACAAAUACGAGAGGCAAGCGCAACUGAUCUGAAAGCAGGUCUGGCUCCAAUAUUUGAAGCAUUGGAAUCGUUUACCCAGGAGACACUGAAGGGCUACGAAAAUGUUAGGAUUCCAACUGAGAGUGGCGGGGCUUGAUACCUGAACUGAGGUCACCAAUUUUGCUUUUGAUGGGCUGUCGAUUGAUUAGUGCAAAAUGAUCUCUGGAGCAAUGGUAACUGUCUUCAAUUUGCCAGCCAUAAUACCAUUGUACUUCGGGUGGUGUUGAAUUCACCAAAUGUGCAAGAAGGAUAGGUGUACCUAUUGUUGCAUGAUUGUGUUCAAAUGCUUUGAGAUGAUUCUUAGGGAGCAUUCAGGUUGGGAGCUUCUUCAGUGGCUAGAGGUGCUUACACACAAAGAGCUGCUAGGAGCCUAGAACUCAGUCUAGUUGGAGCCCUUCAAAGGAGGGAAAAGGAAAUUUUGUAGCCAUUUUCAGCUCGUGUACAUAUUAGUUAAGCUAGUGAUUUUGCAGAUUAGCUCGUCAUUUCUGUAGAAUUUGAUCUGUACAUUGUAAAAGUUAUAUUUAUGCCUGUUGUUCAUCACGAAAUGCGCACUGAAUCUGAAGGCAGAUGUUCUAACCUUGUAGGAGUACGAAAUUGUUUGCUGAAGUCCGAAGAGCACACUCUGCUAAGAGAUAGCGUUUGAGGUUGAGUUCAUUAAAUUUCUCA